GUCAUCUUUGCCCCCGUUCGUUGGCUUGCCGUUCUAUGUAGCACGAACCUUCCUGCCAUGGCGAUGUCUGCUUCAUCUCAUUGCUCUACUACUUCCCUGCGAGCCUUCUCUGUAUUAUUAUCUGUGUUUGCUGUUCUUGUUGCAGAUGUAGGGGGACGGCAUCAUGUUCUCUGUCCUCCUUUCUCCUGCGGUGGUUUUAGCAACGUAUCGUAUCCCUUCCGUCGGCAAGGUGAUCCACAUGGGUGUGGUGUUCAAUCGUACGAGCUGGUUUGCACAGAGACCAGCGCUACGAUCCGCAUCGGCAGUGGAACAUACAACGUGCUUAGCAUCAACUACACUCUUUCUCACUUCUGGGUUGUUGACACCAACUUGGGCAUGGAAAACAGUUGCCCCCUUCCGCGGUGGGACUACAGAGAUGAUAAUUAUAACUACCAUGGCAACUCACAUCGCAGCAUUGAGCUGUCCCACCCCGGUGAUUGGCUGGCUAUCUUUAUGAAUUGCUCGCAGGAAAUAAAGUACAAUGGUUCAUUGGUCAAAUGCCUGAGCACAGCAGAUUCUUUCAUCUAUGUGUCAAUAAGACCUUCCUACUCUGCCAGAGCUGAUUAUUUUGCGCCCUCGUGCGGUUUCCUGGCUAUGACUCCUUGGGGUGGUCCAGAAAUGCUGGUGUCUAGGAAUGCAAGCUAUCUAGAUGAUAUUAAUGCUUUUGAGGGAUUAAGCUAUCUAGAUGUUAUUAAGCUCAUGAGGGAAGGAUUUGCUCUUCGAUUUCCUUAUACGACUCUUGAGAACACCAGAGAGUGCCUCGUACGGUCGAAGAGUGAGUUCCGUUAUGAUUUCCUUAACAAGGGCACCAAGCAUCGGACUGUGGACAUUCUUACAUUUGACUUUGAUUUCUGGUGGUGCGUUGCUAUGCAAUUUAUAUCAGCUAAUAAUCGUGUGACAUCUUUUCUCCUCAGCAUCAUCAGUGAAAUAUUAGCGGCUGCUAUGUUGGUUCUCAAGUUUAUUCAUGUUCUUUGCAGGUACAUAUUGGUGCCUCUGGCAGUGUUUGCCUUCCUUGCCCAUAGGUACUGGAAAACAAGAAUAACCAUCGAUGCAGUCGAGAGGUUUCUACGAAUGCAGCAAAUGCUUGUAACAACGAGAUACGCCUACACAGACAUCAUUGCGGUCACAGGCCAUUUCAGAGAGAAGCUCGGCCAAGGAGGCUAUGGCUCCGUAUACAAGGGCGUGCUGCUGCCAGGCGGCGUUCCCAUUGCGGUCAAGAUGCUAGGCAGCUCCAGCUGCAACGGAGAAGACUUCAUCAGCGAGGUCGCCACCAUUGGCAAGAUCCACCAUGUUAAUGUGGUGCGCCUCGUCGGGUUCUGCUCCGAGGAAACGGUCAGGGCACUCAUCUACGAGUUCAUGCCCCGGGGAUCUCUCGACAGGUACAUCUUCUCGUCGGAGAAGAGCUUCUCGUGGGACAAGCUCAAUGAGAUUGCCCUAGGCAUCGCUAGAGGCAUCAACUACCUGCACCAGGGGUGUGACAUGCAGAUCGUACACUUCGACAUCAAGCCGCACAACAUCCUUCUCGACAGCAACUUCAUCCCGAAAGUUGCUGACUUUGGGCUCGCCAAGCUGUUCCCAAGGGAUAACAGCUUCGUGCCACUGAGCGCCAUGCGGGGAACGAUCGGCUACAUAGCUCCGGAGAUGGUGUCACGGAGCUUCGGCGCCAUAUCCAGCAAGUCCGACGUGUACAGCUUCGGGAUGCUGCUACUGGAGAUGGCCGGAGGGCGCAGGAACGCUGACCCGGACGCCGGGAGCUCCAGCCAGGCGUACUACCCAUCGCUGGUGUAUGGCCAGCUGACUGGGGAGCAGGUUGGGGAGAUCAGUGAAGAUGUCGACAUGCACGAGCUGGAGAAGAAGCUGUGCGUCGUUGGGCUCUGGUGCAUCCAGAUGAAGCCUCGUGAUCGGCCGACGAUGAGCGAGGUCAUAGAGAUGCUCGAAGGGGAUGCGGACGCUCUGCAAAUGCCCCCGAGGCCGUUCUUCUGUGACGAGGAGAUGCUUCCUGAAGUGGCUUCGUACUCUCUGUCCUCCGAACUGAAUGUGAUAGAGGAGGAGGAUGAGUGAAAUACUUUGUUUCUGUAUGUGUGUCUUAAAUGUAUGGAGACAGAUGUCUGUCCGUUUGUAGAUUGUCGUACUAAGCUCAUGGUUGUCCGUGUGUGAUACAGUGAUUGUGUGGUUUCCUAAAAAGACCUCGAGAACACGUCGUUUUCUCUUGCCUCAGGAGUAUAUGGCAGCUAUGCAUAAUCCACACAUAUUUAUGCCAGCACUAUCAUGUAAUGCUUUAUCAUUCCCCUGUAUUAUCCUCCUGAGGCAAGAGUUGCCGGUCUUCACCA